GGUAUGAGUCUUUUUACAUCACUUAAUUGUAAAUAUCCACACCUGCUGAACAGAUUAGACUGGGCUUAAUAAUUCAUUGCAAGUUGUUGCAUUAAUAUUGGUUUAAAAAAUAAUUUGGUUUUCCUAAGCUACAUGGGAAGAUAUACCAUUUUAUUGAAACUAGGUUUUUUGUUCUAAUCAGUGAUUGUAUAGAAGUCUUCUAAAGUUUUCUACAGUCAUUAUAUCUAAUACUACAGAUGCUUAGAUUCAUCUGAAGUCAAUUAUAAUUGUUUAUAAAUAAAACAAUUUAUAACAUUUAUAAAUAAACAGUUUAUAAAUAAAAAAAAAAAAAAAAAAAAAAAAAAAUGUUAUCGUCUUUCAUUUUGUUUGCAGCAUGCAGGAUCUUGUCUCUUAUCUUAUCUCACCAUAUGUAAUGCUUGGUUCAGUCUUUUCUAGUAAUGAAUCGCGACUUGCAUGACAGAAACUGAAGCAUCAGAUUAGCAAUGAAAUAGUACUUGAGGUAUACGGACAAGUAUUGUACUUCUUGAGGAGAAAUUUUAUCUUUACAUUUGUGCAGAAUAAACUGAAGGUUGAGUUGCACAGCAGGCACUGAAGGAAAAAAUAUACUGGUGGCAGCUCAGCCAGCACAAGGCCUGCUGUGUGUCCUCAGGCGUGACUUCUGUGUGCUGCUUUAAUGUAACUACACUGAACUUGUAACAUGUAACAAUAGAAGAGAGAAGGAUGACAUGCUGACAGUUUUUAAAACACUUAAAAAAUUAUUUACCCUUAUGCAAGUCAGGUCUGUCUUGGAGUUUGAAUGAUUUGGUUUAUGUUUCUUAACAAUUAAAAAUUUCCAUGCAGAGAAAUCUCCAGUCGUCUUCAGGCAGCAUCUAAAGAUUUCAGCUGGGUGCUCAAAGCUUCACCAGCAGUGUUGUUGAAGGAGGAAUGUAACACUGAAUGUUCUGCUUCGAGCAGAUCUUCUCAGCUGCCUUAGAAAUUCAAACCAGUGACCUCACAGUCACAAGCUUUCUCACCCCUCCUUGAGGCACAGGCUAAAUUAAAAUAUCAAUGGAUCAAUUAUUAUACUGGGCCUGUGUUUGGGUGAGUGCCGACUCACAUGCUGUGUUUUCCGCCUAAAAAGUCUUAUGUCUGCAUUUUUUAAUAUCUUGAUCUCCUGUUUUUGAAAGAUUGCAUCUGUGAUUUAAACUAAUAAAGUACUAGAUUGAAUAUACCCAUGUACAGAUGAAAUAUUGAGGCCUGAGCACCGACAUGAAGACCCAUGAAAACAGAUGCAAAAUUGCAGAAGAAGACAAAAAGUGAUGACAGAAUGUUUUGCAUGUUUUUAUGGAUGUUUCAUACUUCUUUAGUGUUUGUAUAUUUUGCUGUUGGGUUGUGUGGUCUUGUAUACUGAGUUGGUCUUUUUGCAUAUCUCAGUGUAGUUGUGCCUUUAUUGUAAGUUUGUGCCAUAUUUCUGUAGUUUUGCUUCAUUUGGAGUCAUUUUGCAUUUCCUCUGUAUCUUUUUUGCUGUUAUUUUGUUAUAUAGUGGCCAAUUUGUUGCUGCGUUUGGUUGUUUUGCCCUUUAUUGUAAUAAUGCAGUAGUUUGUCUCUUAUUGUUGGCCUUAGCCAGAUAGACUACUUGCAUCUGUUUGGAAUUAUUUGUGUUUUUCACAUUACAGUGGGCAUUUUGUUUCUGUUUGUGAUUGCUUUAGGUGUGUACCAAUUUGGGGUUUUUUUGUUGUCAUUUUUAAGUAAUCGUCUUUGUUUUUGUCGAUUUUUAUUCAUUUGGACGGCUUUUUGGGGGUUUUUUUGUAGUGUGUCUCAGAGUUGAAGGUCAACUAACCCUUUGUGCCCCUUAUCCACCAAAGAAUAUCCAGAUUGUUUUCUGAAGCGUUGUUUUAUUCGUUAGCGAGCUACUUACACUGACAUGUUUAAAGUAUAAAUGUGAACUCAUAUUUACAGCCCUGUUUCGGACACGUACACACUGCAGUAUACAAACAAAUCGUGUAUGUCUGUCAGUGUGAGUGUGUUGGAAGAUCCAAGCGCACACGUACAGACGCUGCUAUACACACACUCCGGUGGGAGGAGCCAAACCUCUCUCAGCUUUGAGUUUGUCAGUUUCCUAAAUAUAGCGGACAGGAUCUGUCCGUGUCUUUCAGCCGGAGACACUUUGAUAAAAAGCCCGUAUUUACAGAAGCACCGGGAGGCCAGUGGGGAAAGCCAUGCUAAGCUGAUGGGCUAACAGGAGCUGACAGGGGGACUAUGUGUUGAGGAUUGUCUCUUAAAUUUUUAACUACUUGGAGCCCUCUGAUAUUCAUCUUUGGUUGUUGGUGGACGUUGCUUUAGCAAUGGGAAGGAAGAAGAUUCAAAUCACCCGUAUCGUUGAUGAGAGGAACCGACAGGUGACUUUCAUGAAGAGAAAGUUUGGCCUGAUGAAGAAGGCCUACGAGUUAAGCGUUCUGUGUGACUGUGAAAUUGCCCUCAUCAUCUUCAAUGGCUCCAACAAGCUGUUUCAGUACGCCAGUACCGACAUGGACAAAGUCCUGCUGAAGUACACAGAAUACAACGAACCCCAUGAGAGCAGAACCAACUCUGACAUCGUUGAGGCCCUUAACAAGAAGGAACACAGAGGCUGCGACAGCCCUGAUGCUGAGGCAUCCUAUGUUCUCACUCCUAAUACUGAAGAAAAAUACAAGAAGAUUAAUGAGGAGUUUGACAACAUGAUGAAGACUCAUAAAAUUUCCACAGGCCAGCAGCAGCAGCAGCAACAGCACUUCAUGCAUGUAGCACCAGGCAGCAUGGCCUACAGUCACAGUGGAGGAGGAGGGGCAACUUCCCAGGCACUAGCUGCAGCCACAGCAGCUUUGGCUGACGGUGGGAUCCUCUCCUCACCUCACACGCACCUCCACAGAAACAUAAACUCUUCACAAAGACCCCCGAGUGCUGGAGGUGGCCUGCAGGGCAGUUCCGAGCUGGCUCUGCAAAAUGGAUCUGGACCGACUGUGAAUGGAUUUGGAAAGAUCAUACCAUCAAAAUCUCCUCCUCUUCCACCUCAUGGGAACAGCAUGGUCCCUACCAGCCGCAAGACAGACCUCCGGGUCGUCAUCCCCCACUGCAAAGGAAUGAUGCAAACACUGAAUAACCAAAGGAUGAGUAGCAGUCAGUCCAGUCAGCCUCUUUCCACACCAGUGGUCUCUAUCACCACACCCAGUCUACCCCAUCAGAGUCUGGUCUAUGCUGGCAUCGGCUCUGCCUACAACGAUUACUCCCUGAACAGUGGAGAGUUAUCAGGCUUUAACUCUGCUGCAGGGCCCUCUCUGAGCUCAAUGGCAGCAUGGGAGCAACAGCAGCUGAGCUCCAUGGGGUCAGGAAGCUCCACUCUCCCCAUCAGCACCAAUCAUAACAUCAACAUCAAAGCUGAGCCAAUCUCUCCACCCCGCGACCACCUCAGCCAGUCUGGGUACAUGACCCAUCCACAUGUUCACCCUCAUCAUCACUCCUCUGCCUCCUCAUCAGCUCGAGCAGAGAUGGGGCGGUCCCCUUCUGACAGCGUUGGCUCCUCCUGCAGCUCUCACGAGGGCUGCAGUGACCGGGAAGAGCAGCAGCGACCUGACUUCCACUCGCUCCCUGUGAGUCGGUCAGAGGGCAGGGAGAGUCCGACAGUCAAGCGAAUCCGAAUGGACAGCUGGGUGACAUAGAGCCUGGAGCUACAUCGAGAAGCUGCACCAGGGCAAAAAACAGGAAGGACACUGUUGUGCAAAUGAAAUGUGGUUUUUAUUGAUGUGUUCUGUUGAAUUUGCUUUAAAUAUUUUUUUGCUGUUGUUUUGGUUAUUCAGAAUUUCUUGAGAAGGGUUGAGCGACAUUAGUCUGAGCAUUCUGGAUUGGAUAAAGCUGAAAUUACAGUGGUACUUCAUUUAAUCUUAUUUUCUUCUUUUACAAACAAUUAAAGCUUUGCAGAUUAAAUAUCUGGGUCCAAAUGCAGUACAGUUACAGCAGAGUACAGUUAUUUCCAUUUGCAGUGCACUGUGGCGCUGGAUGGAAGACAGACAAAGCAUAAAAUCAAAGUUCAUGAGUGGGUAAAGUUACUAGGUGUCAAUCGAUUCACUUCUAAUCUUCUCAGGGUUUAAAACCAUUAAAUGAGUCCAUCGUGAAAGCAAUACUCCCUCCACAUCAUCAUUUCUGUUACUCCUCUUUAUAAAAACACGUAUUUAUAUCAGCCAAAGCAGUAUACUGUUUUCUAUGUUGUGUGUGUUUUUAUAUUGUGCACAAAAUUAUACAAUAUUUCAUUCAGAUUUGAAAUCAAAAGCCAUGGACACUUGUAUAUGUACUACCAAAACAUUUCACUCUUUUUUGUACAUAGUAUCUUUAAUAUAUAUCACUUUUGGUGUAACUAUAGAGUUUUGUCAGUGUGUUUUAUCUUCCUUGCUUCA